AUGGGAAAUAAAAGAAGAAGAAAAUUAAAACCAAAAGAUUAUAAAAAAAUGCUUCAAGAGAAAUGUGCUGCUAUGUGCAAGAAAAAAAAUGCUGGUAAUAGCAUCACAGACGAAAACUCUGAACCUAAUUACGAAAGUCCAAGAGUAAAUAAUAAAAGAAAAGAACGUCAGCAAAGAUACAGGGAGCAGAACAGAGAAAAACUGAAACAGCGUGAAGCGGAAAGAAGAAAACGUAAACAAAAUUUACAAAUGAUUGCAGGACCAUCUACCUCGUCAAACAUUCUAAAUAGAAUGGAAUUAAAUAAUGAAGAAAUAACAGAUGCUGAUGAAAGUUUAUCUGGUUUGGAAGGAAUACAAACACCAUCUGUUCAUAAAAAUAAGUUCGCUGAAGACAAGGAUGCUGUUCAAAAAAAAAGAGAACGCCAACAAAGAUACCGAGAGCGAAACAGAGAAAAAUUGAAAGAGCGUGAAGCGGAGAGAAGGCAACGUCAACAAAAUUCAGAAAUGAUUGCAGAAUCGUCUACCUCUUCGAACAUAGAUUGGAUAGAAAUAAAUGGAGCUGGUUUGGAAGAAAAGCAGAAUCUAUUCGUUGAAAUAACUGAACGG